AUUGUUUUGCGGAGUUUUACCAUACGAAAUCUUUUGUAAGAUAAAAGAAAAGUUCCGUAAACAUAUCGCCAAUGAGUGAAGAAAGCGCCGAACAAGCCUUAAUAUGCGUGCCUGGCCAAGUGCUAUGCGCCAUAUCGGAAUCUACCUUGGCCGGCGAGGGAACGUACGAGAAGCUGGGUUACAUACACGCCGCACUGGCCGGUAUCGUGCGGCUGAAGAAACGCGAUAAAAGCACCUACAUUUCGGUCGUCUCGUUCGGUGGCGGUGCCACAGUGCCCGUAAUAGGAGACAUCGUAACGGCCCGGAUUACUGCGAUACACCAUCGGAUGGCAAAGUGUCGCAUUCUUUGCAUUGGCAAAACCGCUCUCAAUCGCUCUUUUCGUGGCAUCAUCCGGAAGGAGGACGUUCGAGCAACGGAAAUAGAUCGGGUUGAACUACACAAGUGCUUCCGACCUGGCGAUAUCGUCCUGGCACGAGUGUUGCAUCAGAUCGAGCUGAACGUGUUCCACCUGUCGACGGCGGACAAUGAGCUUGGCGUCGUUAUUGCAAUAUCGCCAAGUUCCCGAGCUAUCUCGGGAGCAGAUACCAUUCCGAUGGUGCCGGUCUGCUGGACGGAAGUUCAGUGUCCUGUAACGUUGGUCAAAGAACCGCGGAAAGUGGCAAAAGUUGUGCCCGAGAAGGGUGGACCGCUGAGCACAGCGCUUGCAUUAUUUUGAUGGAAUAAAUGUAAUGACAC